AUGGACAUCCUGAAAUCAGAGAUUCUGCGGAAGCGGCAGCUGGUGGAGGACAGGGAUUUGCUGGAGGAAAAUAGAAAAUAUUUCAAGCGGAGUAAACUUGCAGAAAAAGAAGAGGAAGCAUAUUUUGAAAGAUGUGGCUACAAGAUACAGCCAAAAGAGGCUGAGCAGAAACCACUAAGGACAGCAAGUCCAGGGCUGGGACUUGAAGUAGAAGAGGAAAAGCUUCCUAUGACUCUGUCUAGGCAAGAGGUCAUCAGAAGACUGAGAGGACGAGGAGAUCCAAUUAGGCUGUUUGGUGAAACCGAUGAUGAUGCUUUUAAACGCUUAAGAAAAAUGGAGAUCCUCACACCGGAAGUUAACAAGGGCUUAAGGAAUGAUCUGAAAGCAGCUUUGGACAAGAUUGAGCAGCAGUCCUUGAAUGAAAUUGUGGGUGGUCAGGAGCCUGGAGAGGAGGACACACAGAAUGACCUGAAAGUUCCCGAGGAGCACAGCACCCUUGAAGAGUUAGAGGCACUGGGGGAGUCCCUAGGGAAAGGUGACGAUCAUAAGGACAUGGAGGUCAUCACCAAGUUCCUCAAGUUUCUUCUUGGUGUUUGGGCUAAAGAACUGAAUGCCAGAGAGCACUGGGUGAAAUGCAGCGUGCAGGGCAAGCUGAACAGUGCUACCCAGAAGCAGACCGAGUCCUACCUCAGACCGCUUUUCAGAAAGCUCCGCAAAGGGAAUCUUCCUGCUGAUAUUAAGGAAGCCAUAACAGAUAUCAGUAAGUUCAUGUUGCAGAGAGAGUACGUGAAGGCCAAUGAUGCUUACCUUCAGAUGGCCAUUGGAAAUGCCCCCUGGCCCAUUGGUGUCACCAUGGUUGGUAUCCAUGCCAGAAGUGGCAGGGAGAAGAUUUUUUCCAAGCAUGUUGCACAUGUUUUGAAUGAUGAAACCCAACGGAAAUACAUUCAGGGACUGAAGAGGUUAAUGACAAUUUGCCAGAAGCACUUUCCUGCGGACCCAUCCAAAUGUGUGGAGUAUAAUGGGCUGUAA